AAAACCUUUGGGCGGAAGCGGGUGCAGAAGCGUGGCGGCUCGUUCAAGGACCAGCCCCGGCUGUAUCAGGAAAUCCGUGAGAGAGGUCUGAACUCGGUCAGCCAUGAGUCAGAUGAGGAUUUGCUGGAGGAAUCCAUCCCAGAAGAGCCAUCCCCGCCGGGUACCACUAUCUUGGUGCAGAGCUAUCGCCCGGCGCAGGUGACCUGGAGCCAGCUCCCGGAGGUAGGGGCAGCAGCCCAGGAGGAUACGGCAAGUUUUAAUUCACGGCCUCGUUCAGUCAGUUUGGGCGGUUGCAUCGUCACUGCCCUGCUUUUUCAGGCCAUGUUUGAGAUCAUCACUUCCGAGUACUCCUACCUGCACAGCCUGAGCGUCCUGGUGUGCCACUUCAUGAGGUCGGAGGCGCUGAAGGAGACCAUGACGCAGACGGAGCACCACCACCUCUUCUCCAACAUCAGCGACAUCCUGACGGUCAGCACCAGCUUUUUUGAAGACUUAGAGAAGCGGUACCAGGAAAACCUCCUGAUUCCUGACAUCAGUGACAUAGUGGAAGAACACGCCUCGAACCACUUCAGUCCUUACAUCAGCUACUGCUCCAAUGAAGUCUACCAGCAGAGGACACUUCAGAAGCUGCUAACCACAAACCCCUUAUUUAAAGAGACCUUGAAACAAAUUGAAAGGAAACCAGAAUGUGGAGGCCUGCCAAUGAUCUCAUUUCUCAUUCUCCCUAUGCAGAGGGUAACACGGCUUCCUCUGCUGUUGGAUACGGUCUGUCAAAAAACAAAAGCGUGCACUGCGGCGUACGGAGCUGCCACCAGCGCUCUGAAAGCCAUCAGCAAGCUGGUUAAGAACUGCAAUGAGGGAGCUCGUGCUAUGGAGAGGACAGAGCAGAUGUACACCCUGCAGAAACAGCUGGAAUUUGGAAAGAAGAAGACAGCCGUCGGGCACCUGCUGCGGGUGGUGAUGGAGAAGGACAGCGAGGGCAGGCGGGAGGAGAUCGUGCUGGCGGCGGAGACGCUGAGCGACCGGGCCCGGUGGAUUGCUGCGCUGAUGCACAGGGAAAAGGAAAAGCCUGACACCACUCCUAAAGGAGAUCUGAGCCAAGUGGAGAUAACCCGCGGCUACCUGGCUAAAGAGGCGGACGAGAUUUCCCUGCAGCAGGCUGAUGUCGUCCUGGUGCUGGGCGGAGAGGACG